GAGCUUGAGCGGGAGGAACUGAUGAGGUCACAGCACCUCAAGACUCGCAUGCCGCGCCAAGCAUCGCGGAAAAGAGGCCAGACCACCACUCCAAGCGUCCGCAGCCACAAGUUCCCUCGCGCAACCCUGAUAACCGAUCCAACAACACUCAAAGAGAAAGCACACAAUCUCAAAAGCCGUGACCCCUCCAGUCACCCACCUCUGCACCUCCGAAAUCCAUUCAAAGUACGGCUGUCGCUAGCAAUCGGUUCCACGCGGCCCCCUCCUUUGCUUUUGUCUUCCAUCUCUAGGGCGGUCUCCGCCAUGUCUGCUAGAGCAAGCGGCAGCGACGCAAAUGCAGCAAAUGGUAGUGCUUCAAGCCGCACACAUGACCACCAUGACGGCAGCUCAGGCCGCGCGUUUACCGUCGAGCAGAAGGCUGCGGUGAUACGGGUGCGGCGCUGCAAACCGACUGCUUUCUACGAUAUACUCGGUCUAGAAGAAGUGCGUGCCACGUGUACGGAUGCGGAAAUCAAGAAAGCGUACAGGAAGUUGAGUUUGCUGACGCAUCCGGAUAAAAACGGGUACGAGGGCGCGGAUGAAGCUUUCAAGAUGGUAUCGAGAGCGUUCCAGAUAUUAUCAGACCCGGACAAGAGAUCGCAGUACGACAAGUUCGGUCACGAUCCGGAUAACAGGUUUGCGAGCGCUUCGGCCGCUGCCAGUGCGUCACCGUUCGCCAAUGGUUUCGCCAGUUCAGCAGCCGGCCCAAGAGGUCCAAUGUUUGAGGCUGAACUUUCACCCGAAGAGCUAUUCAGACAAUUCUUUGCCGGAGGCUUUGGUGGUCCUAUGGCCGGUUUUGGCGGAGGUCCAGGUUUUGUUUUCAAUCUCGGCGGCGGCCCGGGGAUUCGUGUUCAUCAAUUCGGCGGUGCUAGACCGCGCGCCCGACCCGGUGGUGCGAAUGCUCGCGAACAGCCGCAGUCUCUAACUUCCAUACUCACCUCUCUCCUCCCUCUCAUCCUACUCUUCGUCUUUCCCAUACUAAACGGUCUCUUCUCGUCUUCAGGCACCGCAGCUGGACCCCGUAUGGCAUUUGACUCGCCUGUCUCACCUUACACCAAAGCACAUACCUCUAAGACGCUCGGGAUCAAGUAUUACGUAAACCCAUCCGACGUGGCAGACUACUCGUCAAGACAAUGGUCGCAAUUAGACAGUGUGGCAGAGAAGCGCUACAUGCAUCAUUUGGGCAAUCUGUGCGAUUAUGAACAGCAGCAGCGUGGCCAGUUGAUGCAAGAAGCUCAGGGAUGGUUUUUCCAGGACACAGAGAAGAUGGAACGGGCAAACAAGAUGCCGAUGACACGAUGUGCAGAGCUGAACAAGUUAACGAGAAAGACGCAGCAACAGAGCGGCUUUAGCUGGUAAUCACGUUGUGUGUUUUUGCGUUGUGAAUGCCUCCUGAACCUCUCAACGUCGUUUGUUUGGGAGAGGUUUCUCUUUUUUACUACUUCCCAUGGAUGAGUUCAAGCGGUUUUGUCAUUUUGCAGACCUGAUGCAGCCAAUCCAUUGUUCUAAUUAUCAACUCUUGUGCCACCGGUUCGACGUCGCUCUAGAAACAAACGUUUUCUUUUCCUGUUUGAGUCUCAAGGCAUGACGAAUAGCGGGCACAGUGCCUCCGCUAUUCCAUUUAUUUCUCGGCAUUGUUUGCGUCUUUAUUUGGGGCAGCUGAUAAUAUGAUUUAGCGAAAUGUGAGGAGCC